GUGGAGAAGCAGGAGAUGGUGGAGAAGGAGAGCACCGGCAGAGAGGAGACCACUGAGGAGGAAUCUGCAGGAGGAGGAAGUCCAGCCGACCUUCGGUCUGAAGCUGCAGGAGACCCCGCCGACACACGUAAACCAGCGAUGAAGAGGAGGAGAUCUGAGGAGAUGCAGGAAUCUGUGGAGGCUGAAGAGGACGUGAAGAAGGACAGCAGUCCAGAAGAACCUCGUGUGGAGGAACCUGCCAGUGGUGGUGACGAGGAGGAAGAAAAGGGAGCCGCGACCAGAGCGACGACACGGGCGGCGUCUCGCCUGGAGGCCGAGAGAAACAAGCCCAGCAAACCGUCCACGCGAGCCAGCCGGCAGGGCGGCAGAGACGAGUCCGCCGCCACGCGCGGGACGAGGGGCCAGGCGACCAGGGGGGCCCGUAAGCGGGAGGCCAGCCCCCCUGCGGUGCGAACACGGGGUGGACAGAAGCCAGAGGAGCCUCCUUCCAAGAGGGCCAAGCGCUAGGACGUCCAGCAGCGGGCUGAAGCUGUCGGGGGGGUCAGAGCCCCCGGGAGCCGCAGGAAGACGUUUCUGCUUCAUUCGCCGCGGACAGCGAGACGCUCUGCGUGGCUUCACGUUCCUCCUUCCUGUUGGUUCAGCACCGAUCAAUCAGCCAAUCAAAGUCCAGCGUGAUCCGAGGUCAAAGUUGAUAUUUCACUGUGAAACAUCGUAAACGUCACUGUGAGUCCAACGUUCAUUCUGUGAAUGGAAGUUUGUUUUUAUUCUUAAUAACCAAAAGGGAAUAAAAGCUUCUUUUUUUAAUAACAGUAGUACAGAACUGUUUGUAAUCAAUUGAUUUGUACUGUUUCUGUUGAUCAAUACAAUUGUGUUCAUUGUCUCGCUGUUCAUGUAAAGGCCUUUUUUACAUAAAUAUAAAAAUACUGAAUAUUG